AUGACGACUGAGAGUCCGCAGCAGCAUCUGGAUCGGCCGGCGUCAAUAAGGUCCAGCCCGGUUCCUGGAGCGUUGAAAUCGGCCUUAAUCAGCCAGCAGUCCCCGGCCAUGGAAACGUCCUCGUUAGCGAAAGUCAAGAAGACCAACGGCGGACUGCGGCGGCCGGAGAAGCCUCCUUAUUCUUACAUCGCUUUGAUCGUAAUGGCUAUUCAGAGUUCCCCGACUAAGAGGCUGACUCUGAGUGAGAUCUAUCAGUUCCUCCAGACCAGAUUCCCCUUCUUCCGGGGGUCUUACCAGGGGUGGAAGAAUUCGGUACGCCACAAUCUGUCACUGAACGAGUGCUUCAUCAAAUUGCCAAAAGGGCUUGGCAGGCCAGGGAAGGGACAUUACUGGACCAUUGACCCUGCCAGUGAAUUCAUGUUUGAGGAAGGCUCCUUUCGGCGCAGACCCAGAGGGUUCCGUAGGAAAUGUCAGACCCUCAAACCUAUGUAUAGGAUGAUGAAUGGCUUGGGGUUUGGUCCCUCUAUUAUCCCCCAAACCUUCGACUUCCAGAGUCCCACGGCUUCACUCUCAUGCCAUGCCAACGGUUACAACCUGGAGAGCAGCCUCAGUAUGAUGAGCAACUCCUUAUCAGGGAACUAUGAUGGACUUAGCAGCGGGCACCAUAUCCCCCAUAUGUCCCCCAACCCUGGCUCGACUUACAUGGCCAGCUGCCCGGCGUCUUCCGGUGGGGAGUACGGUCCUGACGGCAGCAGUAGUCCCGUGCCAUCCUCACCCGCCGUGGCCAGCGCCUUGGAAUGCCAUUCGCCAUACUCAGCCUCAGCUGCCCCGUGGUCAUCCUCAGGAGGAUCCCCGUACAUCAAGCAGCAGAGCCUGGGCCCCAUCAACUCAGUCCCUUCCAGUCUUCACUCCACCAUGUCUUCCUACUCGCUGGAACAGAGUUACCUGCACCAAAACACAAGGGACCCUGCAGAAAUCACAGUGGGCAUACCUCGUUAUCAGACUCACUCGUCACCCGUGUGUGACAGAAAGGAUUUUGUGCUCAAUUUCAAUGGGAUUUCGUCUUUCCAUCCUUCUGCCAGUGGAUCGUAUUAUCAUCAUCACCAUCAGAGUGUGUGCCAGGACAUCAAACCCUGUGUGAUGUGAAAACCCUCUUUAAAUCAGCUUCAACCUAGUGCAUAUUUAAUUUGUCUUUAUCAUUAUUUUUAUUAAUAUUAAAUCCAAGCCAGGACUCGGCAAGGUUGAUCUGGAAGCUUCACAUCGAUUAUUGUUCGUCUACGUGAAUAAGCCGCUGGGGACAGGUUUGCGACGCAGCAGCCGAUUUUUUUUAUGUAAAAAGAAAGCGAGUCGUCUCCUUGAAUUGCUU